UUAUUUUUCUUGUGUUUAAUCUCAUGAAAUUACCAGACAUAAAUAACAAAUGUUUUCAUGUUUAGUCAGGGUCCAAUUAAUUAGAUUCCCAAACACACACUUGUUCUUCUAUGUGUUCUUUAGGUUUGGCAAGCAAUUAAUUAAAUUAUGUUUUAUGUUUAUUCCUUUUACUUAAGGUAAUCUUUUAAACUCAAAGUAAGAACCAACCUGCGCAAAAGCUAAAAUUAUUUACAAAGUGUAGUAUUUUAUGGUCAAAGUAUUUUUAACAUAAAUGUAUAUUACAUCUUGUGAGUUUUAAUUUUAAAUUUAAUGUUCCAACUCAUUAGUUAGAUUUCCAAAAAAGACUCUCGGUGUGUGUAUGUGAGAUAGGUUUAGCAAACAAAUUAUGGUUCUCUAGUUUUUAUCUUUUAACUGAAUUUAAAUUAAGAAUUUAACCGCACGCAAAUUAAAUUUUAUCAUUUAAUAGUCAUUUUAGUACGUUUUAGUGAUUAAAUAUAUACUAAAUCUUAUAAAUUCGUUUUUAAAUCUGAUGUUCAAAUUAUUAAUUGGAUUACUAAAAGCAGAUGUUAAAACAAAAAUAUUACUGAAAACACUUUUGACCAAAAUAAAAUACUUUCAAAACAUUUGGAUUGUAAAAGGCAAUAAAGGUUUCAGUAAACACAUCACUCCCACCGUGUUUUGUACUAAUAACUUUUAACAAUCGAAUAUUGUUUACAAGUUUUAUUAUCUAACAUUCAUGUCUAACGAUAAAUACAAUAUUAAUUACUGUUAAUUGACUCUUGAAGGGAAUCAAUACUCAUAAAAUUUUUGCUCCUUUUAACGUUUCUUAUUCGACCCUCCACCAGCUCAAUAUAUUUUUUCCAUUGAAUUAAUCUGUCUAUAUUUCAUUUUCUUACGAAUAAAGUUAGGCCGUUACGUCUCAUAUGGAGAACCUUUUCGUAUUUUGUCAAAAAGAAUAGAGACGAGCUCAAUUAUUAUACACUAUACUUUAUUAGAAAUCGAUAAAACUUUAAGGUAAUCGUUUUACAGGGACAAGUGAGUCUCUCCCUCUCUCUCUUUCUCUCAUUUCAACUCAAUCAUUGUUCAUUAUCACAAUCAUAAUCCAUCAUUCACCAUGGACAAGACAUCUUCAAUUUCCAUCCACGAAGGAAAACCGAUUAGAUGCAAAGCAGCAUUAUGUAAAAAAGCAGGAGAAGCUUUGGUCAUAGAGGAGAUCCAAGUUGAUCCACCUCAAGCUUACGAAGUUCGAAUUAAGAUCUUAUGCACUUCUCUUUGCCACACUGAUGUUACUUUCUGGAAACUAGACCGGGGACCUCUUGCAAGGUUUCCGAGGAUUCUAGGACACGAAGCAGUGGGUGUUGUCGAGAGCAUUGGAGAUCAUGUAAACGGAUUCAAACAAGGAGAUGUUGUUUUACCAGUGUUUCACCCUCACUGUGAGGAAUGUAGAGACUGCAAAUCCCCAAAGAGCAACUGGUGCUCGAGGUAUUGUGACGAUUUCUUUUCAAACACGAGGCGAUAUGGUAUGGAUUCCAGGUUUAAAGAUUCCUCGGGAGAAGAUAUUUACCAUUUUUUGUUCGUCUCGAGUUUUACUGAAUACACCGUCGUUGACAUCGCACAUCUCGUCAAAAUCUCCCCUGAGAUCCCCGUUGAAAAAGCGGCCUUGCUCAGCUGCUGCGUCUCCUCAGGAGUUGGCGCUGCAUGGAAGGUGGCUGACGUAGAGGAAGGUUCAACUGUUGCUAUCUUUGGCCUUGGUGGUGUUGGACUUGCGGCUGCGGAAGGCGCCAGGCUACGUGGGGCUGCAAAGAUCAUCGGUGUAGAUCUCAAUCCCGACAAAUUUGAAAUAGGUAAACGAUUUGGCAUCACGGACUUCGUCAACCCUGCUUUAUCUGGAGAGAAAAAGAUUAGCCAAGUGAUAAAAGAAAUGACCGAAGGAGGAGUUGAUUAUAGUUUUGAAUGCAUUGGUUUAACGUCCUUGAUGGAGGAGGCUUUCAAUAGCACACGCACGGGAUCGGGUAAAACAGUAAUUUUGGGGAUGGAAAAACAGAUGUUGCCAAUAAGCUUGGGUAGUCAUGAUCUUCUCAGAGGCAGAACUAUAUGCGGAACUUUAUUCGGUGGUCUUAAACCUAAAGUUGAUAUUCCAAUACUCGUGGAUUCUUAUCUAAAAAGGGAACUUAAUCUGAACGGUUUUAUUACACACGAGUUAAGCUUUGAGGAAAUUAACAAGGCUUUCGAUUUAUUGGUGAAAGGAGAGACUAUUCGGUGUGUCCUAUGGAUGGAUAAAUAAUUGUUUCAUAUCCCAAAAACAUGUCAAAAAGUUUAUACAAAUUUAUCAAAUGUAAUUUCUUUUUGAAAAUGUGCUUGUAAAUUGGUGGAAGAGACACAAUUUGCAUCUUCUUAAAAGGUUUAUGGUA